CCACUGAUGAAGAGUCGUGCAUGGACCUGCAGCCUCCUCCUCCUCCUCCUCCUCCUCCUUCACAGGGCUCACAUGGGUGCUGCUUGUGUUCAGCUCCUGUUGGCUGCCACCCUGUGGAUGAUGCCUCACAUGGGAGCCACAGCUGCUGCUGCUGCUACAGAUCUGCUCAACACCACCAGGGUCGGAGCCGAGGCACAGUUUGACUUCAGGACGCUCACUGGAGCUGUCGGCGCUCCUCGCAGCAGGCGUAGGCGAGCCAUUUCAUCCAGAGAGAUCAACGCCCUGCUGGAUUACCACAACCGAGUGCGAUCUCAGGUCUUCCCUCCUGCAGCUAAUAUGGAGUUCAUGCUCUGGGAUGAAGGACUUGCUAAGUCAGCUGACUCUUGGGCGUCACGAUGCAUCUGGGAUCACGGUCCGACACAAGCCAUGAGAUACAUGGGCCAGAACCUGUCGAUCACUUCAGGAAGGUACCAGUCCAUCACGGAUCUGAUCCGGUCCUGGUACGACGAGAGGCACCACUUCUCCUACCCGAACAGAUGCAGUGGAUCCGUGUGCUCGCACUACACACAGAUGGUGUGGGCGAGCACCAACAGGGUGGGAUGUGCUCUCAGGAAGUGCUUUAACAUGAACGUGUUUGGGAGCGCCUGGAGGGAGGCGACGCUGCUGGUCUGCAACUACUCUAUAAAAGGAAACUGGGUGGGAGAGGCUCCCUAUAAGAGCGGGAAACCUUGUUCUGUCUGUCCGUCCAGCUACGGUGGCUCCUGCUGGAGAAACAUGUGCUCACCACCGGUCGCACAUCACAAAAGACUUACAAGAUAUUAACUCGAUGCAGCGUUUAAAUUUAAAGUCACAAGAAACUAAAUAAUAUUACAACAAAAGAAGUCAUUCUUUUCAUUGGGUGAUGUACAUCAAUCAGCCAUAACAUUAUGACCACCUGCACUCAUAUUGUGCUAUCAAAACCUCGAGACGUGGACUCCACUAGACCCCUGAAGGUGUGCUGUGGUAGGGCCUCCAUGGAUCGGACCACAUAUGAUGGAUUGGAUUGAAAUCUGGGGGAUCUGGAGGCCACGUCAACACUUUGAACUUGUUGUUGUGUUCUUCAAACCAUCCCUGAACCACGUUUCCUUCGUGACAGGGUGCAUUAUUACUGAAAGAGGCCAUCGAAAGGGUGUGUAUAGUCUACAACAAUGCUGUCAAAGUAAUGUCCACAUGAAUGGCAGCUUUCCCAGCAGUAUCACGCUGCCUCUGCUGGCUCGCCUUCUUCCCAGAGUACAUCCUGGUGUUAUGUGGUCCCCAGGUGAUCAACACACCUGGCUAUCCACAUGAUAUGUAAAAGAAAACUCAUUAGACCGUCCCACAUUCUUCCAUUGCUCCGUGGUUGGCACUUUGGGUCAUAAUGGGCAAUGAUCUGCAGCUGUGCAGCUCCAUACGCAACAAACUGCGAUGCAAUGUUUGUUCAGCAUGAAACUUUUCAGUAAUUUCAGCUACAGGAGUUUGUCUGCUGGAUCAGACCACAUGGGCCAGCAUCAAUAAGCCUCGGCCCGCCCCAUGACCCUGUUGGUGAUUCACAGUUUUUUCCUUACUUGGACCACUUUUGAUACUUGGUACUUGGACCAGUGCAGGCCAGGAACACCCAACAAAAGCUACAGUUUUGGAGAUGCUCUGCUCUCAGUUGACCUUGUCGAAGUUACUUGCCCAUUUCUUUCGACUUUGAGAAUAAAAUGUUGCAGCCCACCUGUCAGUGCUCAUAAUGUUAUGGCUGAUUGGUAGUUGCCGGGGGUUUUUUUGCACUGUUGUUGAUGAAUUUGUUGGUUCGAGUGAAAAACUGAAGCACUUUUGUUGUACAGACUCUGAUUACUGUAACCCUGGAUGUUUUAUUGAUGCUCUCUCUCUAACCUGAUUGAAUUUUCUUCAUUGUUUAGUGACUCCCGCAGUAAACUCCAACAUGUUUAAUUCA